AGCAGGACGACAGCUUCUAAAAGAGAGAGCAGACAACAACUCAUUUGGUGUGGUGGAAUAACUCUACAAACCUAAAGUGAACAGAUCAGAAAAUGUGUAAAGGAUUAGCUGCCCUGCCCCAGACAUGCCUGGAAAGGGCUAAGGAGAUCAAGACUAAAUUGGGAACUCUGCUUCAGAAGCCAGAGAAUUCCAUCGACCUUAUUAUCCCCUACCAAGAAAAGCCUGAGAAGAAACCAGAGAAGCUUCAGAAACCCACACCUGAAGAAGCAGCCCAGUGGCGUGAGUCCCUUGACAAGUUCCUUUCCAACAGCUACGGCCUGGCCACCUUCAAAAGCUUCCUCAGAUCUGAGUUCAGCGAGGAAAAUAUUGAGUUCUGGGAGGCUUGCGAGGACUUCAAAAAGACCAAGUCCCCCCUGAAAAUGGCCAUCAAAGCAAACAAGAUUUAUGAGGACUUCAUUCAGACCGGUGGGCCCAAAGAGGUGAACAUCGACCACUUCACCAAAGAUGUGACUCUGAGGAACCUGGUGGAUCUUUCUCCCUCCUCUUUCGAGCUGGCUCAGAGCCGGAUCUACACCCUGAUGGAGAAAGACUCCUUCGGUCGGUUCCUGCGGUCUGAGCAGUACCAGGAACUCCUCAAGUAAACUGACUUGUCCAGCUGCAGGGAGACUCAUCACUUUGGUCACAAAUUUAUGUCACAGAAAUCAUUUUUACUCCAAGUCUUUAAUGUACACUUUUUGACAAAUUUCUAAAGCUCAUUAAACGAUACCACAGUUGGUGGAAGUGGAAAACAUCGGGAACGGUUGCAAUGUCUCCCUGCAGCUGACUGAACUGGCCCACUGCUAACAAGAACAUCUUAACACAAUGUGAUUCCUGCCCAGUGCUCUGAAUGUCAAAGUCAAGAACUUCAAUAAAAGAAGUUGAUUAGGGUUAAGAAACAGUAUUGCUCCUUAUAAAAGUGUGAUUUGUCAUUAGCAAACAUUUAAUUUGUACAAGUGCAAAAUGCCAAGGAUUUGAAGCGCCUCUUAAAAUCUUGUAUAUAUGUCCUAUUAAUUGGAGUCACACUCUUUUCUGACCCCUGUAGACUAAAUAAAGACUAAAACUGAUCCCCACUUGUAAUUUAUGGCUUUUCGGAUAAGUGCAGAAGUGUUUCAUGUACUUUUGAUGAGGACGUUCUGACCCGAGCAUCUAAGCAGCAUGUUCAUCAAGGGGAAGAGGCUGGGGAAUGGGAACGGGAGAUUGUGGGCUUUUUCUUGGAAAUGUUUGCGUUAACAUUAAAAUGACCAAAUGGUAAACCAAUGGAAAUCAUGGGGAAACGACCCACUUAGUAUUGAAAGCUAACUAUAAGUCAAAGCUAAAAAAAAAAAGUGUGACAUGUUAAGAUGCACUCCAGUCUCUGGGAA